GUAGCCGAUGGUGGAAAGAUUCUUCCCACUCGGAAAAAGGCUUUUGCUCCUGAGACAUCUGGCUGGUGGAGGCUCCUGUAGUCCCUACAGAGGACAGAGGGGUCCAUUUCUCUGUUGGCUUACAGAGUGAGGGGCUUCAAGCAGGCUGAUCUCAAAUCUGCUCCCUUUAGUUAACAACGGGAGCUUUAAUUGAUUGAUUGAUGCGCUGCUGAUCCUUCAGGGUGAAACAUGAAGAUAAGGCUGUCGCUGGCCUUGGCUGCUGCCUUCCUCGCAGCCCUGCUGCCCUCUAUAGAUGCUCAAGUGGAACCGCCCUCAGAUUUGAAAUUUAAAAUACUAAAUGAGAACACAGUGGAAAUGUCAUGGGUAAGACCCUCUGCAACAAUAGAGGGCUUCAGAAUACAAAUUGUAUCAGAUGCAGACGAACCGGCAAGAUAUUUAAACCUUAAUGCAGAUGUCUCUUCAACAUCUAUCACCAAUUUGACGCCUGAUUUAGACUAUACGGUGUCAAUAAGUUCCUACAAUGGUUACGAGGAGAGCAUCCCCAUCUAUGGACAGCUGACAAUUCAGUCAAGUAACACCAGUGGACGAGGCAGGAAGCCACAUUUGGAUGCAAUCAAGUGUUCUGUGAGUGCCAUCACAGAUUUGGUUUUUCUGGUGGAUGGCUCAUGGAGCGUUGGCAGGGAAAACUUUCAGUACAUCCGUAGUUUCAUCAGCUCCCUGGCGGGGGCCUUUGACAUUGGCGAGGACAAGACCCGAGUCGCUGUGGUUCAGUACAGCUCAGAUACCCGCACAGAGUUCCCCCUUACGCGUUACACCAGAAGAGGAGACCUUCUCCAAGCCAUCAAUUCAGUGCCUUACAAAGGAGGAAAUACUAUGACUGGUGAUGCCUUGGACUACCUGCUGAAAAACGUCUUCACUGAGGCAGGUGGGUCAAGAAAAGGUUUUCCAAGGGUAGCCAUGAUCAUCACAGAUGGAAAAUCCCAGGACCCGGUGGAGGAGUAUGCUGAAAAUCUUAGGAGCAUCGGAGUUGAACUAUUUGUCCUAGGUAUCAAAUCAGCAGAUGUGGAUGAGCUCAAAGAAAUUGCAUCUAAACCUCAUGGCAAACAUGUUUACAAUGUGCCCAACUUUGACCUGAUUCAAGAGGUCCAGAAAAAGAUCAUCGCUGAAGUUUGCUCUAGUGUAGAUGAGCAGCUUACGGCUUUGGCUAGUGGGGAUGAAAUGGUGGAGCCUGCCUCUAACUUGCAAGUAACAGAAAUUGCAUCCAAGUCAAUGAGGGUGACAUGGGACCCAUCCCCGGGGCAAAUUACUGGCUACAAGCUAACUCUUAUUCCCAUGGUUCCUGGAAUGAAGCGCCAAGAACUAUACAUUGGACCCACGCAGACAUCCAUAAAUGCACGAGACCUCUCCCCUGAGACUGAGUACGAAAUCAGUUUGUUCGCCCUGAAAGGUCUGACACCAAGUGAACCUAUUCUGGAUCUGGCGAAGACUCAGCCUGUCAAGGUGUCCACUGAGUGCUCUCUGGGAGUGGAUGUUCAGGCUGAUGUGGUGUUGCUGGUUGACGGCUCAUACAGUAUUGGAUUAAAGAACUUUGCCAAAGUCCGUGCCUUUCUGGAGGUUUUGGUCACGUCUUUUGACAUUGGACCUAAUAAAAUACAGAUUAGCUUGGUCCAGUACAGUCGAGAUCCAUACACUGAGUUUGCCCUAAACACCCAUCAUGACAUUAAUGCUGCUGUCAAAGCUGUGCGCACCUUCCCCUACCGUGGUGGUUCCACAAACACUGGCAGAGCCAUGAAGUAUGUCAAGGAUAAAAUCUUUGUUCCAGCUCGAGGAGCCAGGGAUAAUGUUCCACGCGUCAUGGUUCUCAUCACCGAUGGAAAGUCAUCUGACUCUUUUAAGACUCAGGCCACCGACCUUAGGAAUAUUGAUGUGGAGAUAUUUGCUGUUGGUGUAAAGGACGCUGUAAGAUCUGAGCUGGAGGCCAUUGCCAAUCCACCGGCAGAUACUCAUGUCUAUGAAGUUGAGGACUUUGAUGCUUUCCAGAGAAUUUCAAAGGAACUGACUCAGUCCAUCUGUCUGAGGAUUGAACAGGAACUUUUAAAGAUCAAAAAGAAAAGUCUCCUUCCUCCUCAAGAUUUACGAUUCUCUGAUAUCACCUCUGGAAGCUUCAGAUCUACUUGGACAGCUCCUGCUGCUGCUGUUUUGUCUUACCUUGUGCUCUUCCGCAAAGCCGAAGAUUUCACUGGAGACUAUGUUUCCUUGAUAGUGCCAGGUGACACGACCACAGCCGUUCUUCCCAAUCUUUAUCCAUUAACCACCUAUGAAGUCAACGUGUAUUCUCAGUAUGAUAAAGGAGACAGUUUUCCUUUGACUGGUGAAGAAACAACCCUGGAAGAGCAAGGUUCUGUGCGGAACCUGCGAGUGACAGAAGAAACAACAAACAGUUUCAGGGUGUCAUGGCAGGCUGCUCCUGGUUCUGUGAUAAGGUACCGUCUGUCCUAUGUUCCUCUAAGUGGCACAGGAGAAAUACUAGAGGCCCAGACCAUUGGAGCAGAAACUACCAUAGUUCUCCAAGAGCUCUUCCCAAUCACCACUUACCGUGUCUCUGUAUCUCCUGAGUAUGCAAGUGGCAUUGGAGAUGAAAGAAGUGUAGAUGGUACCACCAAGGAGAUUAGAGGAUCUCCACGAGAUCUUCGUGUCUUUGAUGAAAGUAUAUCAACAAUGAAACUAGCAUGGCAGGCUGCUCCGGGGAAUGUCCGUCAGUACAGCAUUGCAUAUAAACCAGCAGAAGGAGGUGAGAGAAACGAGAUAUCUGUCAACGGCGAUACCACCCAGGCAAUGCUGAAGAACCUCGAACCAGCCACUGAAUAUGAGCUGUUUGUUACUGCGCGCUAUUCCACUGGCUUUGGGGAUCCUCUUCUGGGUACAGGAACUACUUUAGAAGAACUUGGAUCACCCAGAGAUUUAGUCACUAGAGAUGUCACUGACACCAGUUUUGCAGUCUCUUGGGCUGCUGCCCCGGGAAAUGUUCGGCAGUACCGGGUUAUUUGGAAAUCCCUGUUCAGUGACGAGACGGGAGAAAAGAGAACCAAUGGGGGCACCACAGCUACCAUCCUGGACGGUCUAACCCCAGAGACCCGCUAUGAGGUGUCUGUAAUCGCUGUCUAUGGUCAUGGAGAGGGCCAACCACUGGUUGGAGAAGAAACGACUGAUAUCUCAGCCGCUGGCAAAACACUUACUGUUUCGGACGAGACAGAAAAGACCAUGAAAGUUACAUGGCAGCCUGCGCCCGGAAAUGUGGUCAACUACCGCAUUACCUACAGACCACAGCAAGGUGGACGCCAGCUAGCAGCCAAAGUCCCUGGGGGCACCACCUCCACUGUUCUGAGACGCCUUACCCCUCAAACAACCUAUGACCUCACAGUUGUCCCAAUCUAUAGUUUUGGAGAAGGAAAGACAAGGGAAGGAGAAGGAAGAACAUUGUCACCUUACAAAGGUCCAAGGAAUCUCCAGACUUCUGAGCCAACAAAGACAAGUUUCAGAGUGACUUGGGACCCGGCUCCCGGUGAGGUUAAGGGCUACAAAGUCACGUUUCACCCUGCGGAGGAUGAUAUUGACCUGAGAGAACUUUUGGUUGGUCCCUUUGACAAUACCGUUGUGCUGGAGGAGCUCAGAGCUGGAACUAAAUACACAGUGAGUGUGUUUGGUAUGUUUGAUGGAGGAGAGAGUAUGCCACUAGCUGGAGAAGAGAACACAACUUACUCUGAUGCACCUGAUCCUCCAACAUUUGAUGGACCAAACAAAAUGUGUAAGACCACUGCACAGGCUGACAUUGUGCUGCUGGUGGACGGCUCCUGGAGUAUUGGACGGCUUAACUUCAAGACCAUUCGAGCCUUCAUUGCUCGCAUGGUGGGAGUCUUUGACAUUGGUCCUGAUCGGGUUCAGAUUGGUCUUGCACAGUAUAGUGGGGACCCAAAGACUGAAUGGCACCUGAAUGCUUAUCAGACACGGGACUCGCUCCUGGAGGCUGUGAAUAAACUUCCUUACAAAGGAGGAAACACCAUGACCGGUAUGGCUCUUAACUAUAUCCUCCAGAACAAUUUCAAAGAAAGCGUUGGGAUGCGACCUAGUGCCCGUAAGAUUGGUGUGUUGGUUACCGAUGGAAAAUCCCAGGACGAUGUCAUCGUUCACUCACAGAGCCUGCGUGAGCAGGGCAUUGAACUAUAUGCCAUUGGUGUGAAGAACGCAGAUGAGAAUGAGUUGCGAUCCAUCGCUUCCGAUCCAGAUGAAAUUCACAUGUACAACGUGGCGGAUUUCUCCUUCCUUCUGGACAUUGUGGAUACUCUUAGUGAUAACCUCUGUAACAGUGUGAAGGGGGGAGGAGCUCCAGAUUCACCAACUGAUCUGGUUACAUCAGAGGUAACUCACCAGUCCUUCAGAGCCAGCUGGACUGCUCCACAAGGCCCAGUGGAAAGAUACCGAGUGGAAUACAUGACUGUGUCAGGAGUCCGCCAACAGGUGUCUGUUGAUGGUAGUACAACCACAGUGGUUCUCCAAGGACUCACCCCUCUAACAAAGUACCUGGUCAACGUCUACUCAGUUGUGGGAGAAGACAUCAGCAAACCACUAAAAGGAACAGAAACCACCUUGCCUCUGAGUGCUGUGCGCAGUAUGACCAUUUACGAUGAACAGACAACUACCAUGCGGGUCAGGUGGGAGGAGGUGCAGGGCGCCACCGGGUACAUGCUGCUCUAUAGCGCCAUCAACGCCACUCAGCCAACCAUUGAACAGGAGCUGAGAGCUGGAGCAGGUACAACAGACAUCCAGCUGGUGAGGCUCAUUCCAAACACGGCCUACACGCUCUCUCUGUUUGCCCUCUAUGGAGAAGCAGCCAGCGAACCACUGACCCAGCAGGGUGUCACCUUGCCCAUGCCACCAGCAGGUGAACUGAGAGUGCGUGAUGUUACCCAUAGCACCAUGGUGCUGUACUGGGACGCUGCUCCUGGAGCUGUUCGGAAAUACAAAGUCAUCUACCAGGCUGAAGAUGGAGAUCCUAAAGAACUUGAGGUUGGAGGAAGAGUGACUGAAACACAACUGGAGAAUCUGAUUUCACAGACUGAAUACGCCUUAACCGUCAUUCCAAUUUAUGACAUCGGACCUGGGCAGUCGAUGACAGCAUCUGCUAUCACAGAUGUGGUUCCAGCACCAAAGAACCUUGAGUUCUCAGAAAUUACCCAGACAAGCUUUAGAGCAACCUGGGAGCAUGGAGCCCCUGACGUGGCUCUCUACCGCAUUGCCUGGUCUAAGAAAGGAGAAAACAACUUUGAAGAUUCCAUUCUAAACAACGAUGAGACGACUUUCGUCAUGGAGGACUUGGAGCCAGACACACCGUACGAUGUGCACGUAACUGCGAUAUACCCAGACGAGUCAGAGAGCGAGGAUCUCAUGGGCACUGAGAGGACAUUGGCCAAGAAUGGUAAACCAAUGCCGAGAGCACCUCCAACCAACUUAGUUGUGUACAAUGAAACCACCACCACUCUGAACGCCAGAUGGACUGCACCUACAGGCCGCGUCACGAACUACAGGGUUACUUACGUCCCCGUGGCUGGAGGCAGGAUUCAGACUGUUGUAGCCAAAAAGACCAAUGUCCUCCUACCCAAGCUGACACCUGACACGGAGUACCAAAUUGGCGUGGUUGCAGUUUACCCCAAUGGAGUCAGCAGGGAGCUAAAGGGGCUUGGAAAGACCAAGCCUUUGGGUGGUGUUAGAAACUUACGAGUAACUGACCCCACCACCUCCACACUGAAUGUCCUGUGGGAGCCUGCUGAAGGAAAAGUGCGUGAGUACCGGAUCUACUACGUCCCUACAGCUGGAUUAGAGGAAGAGAUGGUCCAGGUGCCAGGAAGCACCUACAACACUGUUCUAAGGAAUCUGGAUUCUGAUACGCUCUACACUGUGAGUGUGGUUCCAAUCUAUGCCUCCGGAGAAGGACUCCGUUCGUCUGAGAAUGGCAAAACAUUGGAGCGGAGCCCCGUCAGGAAUAUUAGAGUCUUCAACCCCACAACCAACACUUUGAAUGUUCAAUGGGAGGCAGCCACAGGGCCAGUCGAACAGUACAGGGUGGUUUAUUCUCCUCUCACUGGUGCCAGGCCUGCUGAGUCGAUUUUGGUACCAGCCAGUACCACCACAGCUCUGCUAACACAGCUGCUCCCAGAUACUGGCUAUAAUGUUGGAGUCGUUGCCCUGUACAGUGACGGAGAGGGGCCUGCUAUUAGUGAUGCUGGAAAAACUUUGCCCAGAGGUGGCCCAAGAAACAUGCGUGUGUACGACCCAACCACCACCACUCUUUCUGUUAGCUGGGAGCACGCAUUAGGUCCGGUCACACAGUAUCGCAUAACCUACGCCCAGACCACAGGAGACCCUAUUGAGGAAUAUAUAACUGUUCCAGGCAACAGAAACAAUGUGGUCCUGCAGAACUUGGAUCCAGACACACCAUACAAUAUCAAAGUGACUGCCAUAUAUAUGGAUGGACCAGGAGGAGAACUGGAGGGAACUGGACGCACAGUGGGAAUGCUGGGCCCCAGAAACCUCCGUGUUUCAGAUGAGUGGUAUACACGCUUCAAGGUGUCAUGGGACCCCGCUCCAUCCAGGGUUACUGGAUACAAGAUCAUCUAUCAGCCUGAGGGGAGUGACGAGUCAAUGGAAACGUUUGUUGGAGAUGUAACCUCCCAUCAACUACAGUACCUAACCCCUGGAACCACCUAUGACCUGAAGGUGCUGGCACAGUAUGACACAGGUUUAAGUGAACCUCUGAUUGGCCAAGGAACCACAUUGUAUUUGAAUGUGACCGACUUGUCUACCUACAAUGUUGGAUAUGAUUCCUUCUGCAUCCGUUGGGCCCCUCACAGAGCAGCAACAUCCUACAGACUAAAACUGAACCCAUUUGAUGUCUCUAAGAGAGGAGCUCAGGAAGUGACAGUGCGAGGCUCAGAGAGCAACUACUGCUUCGAUGGUUUAAGCCCUGACACGCUUUACAAUGCAACUGUGUACACGCAAACACCCAACUUGGAGGGCCCUGGAGUCAGUGUCAAGGAGAGAACAUUGGUCAAACCCACCGAGGUGCCGACCGAGCCUCCUACUCCUCCUCCUCCAGCUUCAGUGCCGCCUGCAUUAGAUGUGUGUAAAGGUGCCAAAGCAGACGUGGUCUAUUUGAUCGACGGCUCCUGGAGUAUCGGAGAUGAGAGCUUCAACAAAGUCAUUCAGUUUACCACAAAAAUGACUGCAGCCUUUGAUAUCAUCAGCCCCGGAGGCAUGCAGGUUUCAUUUGUGCAGUACAGUGAUGAUGCCAAGACUGAGUUCAAGCUUAACACCUACCACGACAAGGGAAUUGUGUUAUCAGCUUUGCAGUCAGUUAACUACAGAGGCGGCAACACCAAGACUGGUGUUGCUCUGAAGCAUGUCUACGAGAAAGUCUUCACAUCAGACAGCGGCAUGAGGAGAAACGUCCCCAAAGUGCUGGUUGUUGUCACGGAUGGACGCUCCCAGGAUGAAGUUAAGAAGAGUGCAGAAAAACUGCAGCACUCUGGGUAUAGUGUAUUCGUGGUUGGAGUCGCUGAUGUGGAUAUGAGAGAACUGACGGUUAUUGGCAGCAAGCCCAGCGAGAGGCACGUCUUUGUCGUAGAUGACUACGAUGCUUUCGACAAAAUCCAAGAUAACCUCAUCACAUUCAUCUGUGAAACUGCAACAUCCACCUGCCCUCUAAUCUACAUCAAUGGAUACACCACACCUGGCUUUAGAAUGCUCAAAGCUUUUAACAUCACAGACCGGACAUUCGCCGGCAUGAAUGGCGUGUCUAUGGAGCCCGGUUCCUUUAACAGUUACAUUGCCUACAGGCUGCACAAAGACUCCUACCUGACUCAACCCACCAAGGAGAUACAUCCAGACGGUCUUCCUCCAUCUUACACCAUCAUCCUGCUCCUCCGUCUCUUGCCUGAUACGCCUUCUGAACCUUUUGAUAUCUGGCAGAUUGCUGACAAAAACAACAACCCUGAAGUUGGCGUCACAAUUAAUCCCUCCACUCAAACUCUCACGUUCUACAACAAGGAUACCCGAGGAGAGAUUCAGAGAGCUGUCUUUAAUGAAGCACAAGUCAAGCGAAUUUUCCAUGGCAGUUUCCAUAAGAUCCACAUUACCAUCUCACCAGAAAAAGUCAAACUCACUGUGGACUGCCAAGAGGUGGCAGAGAAACCCAUCAAAGAGGCCAAUAACAUCACGCUGGAGGGCAAUGAAGUGCUUGGCAAGAUGGUCAAAGCUUCGGGUUCAAGGAAGGCCUCAGCAACUUUCCAACUCCAGAUGUUUGAUAUUGUCUGUAGCCUGAGCUGGAUAAGCCGGGACAAAUGCUGCGAACUGCCAGCAACACGAGACGAGGCCAAGUGUCCUUCUCUCCCCCACUCCUGCACUUGUACACAGGACAGCAUCGGCCCCCAGGGGCCUCCUGGACCUUCGGUAAACUUCCCUAUCACUGCUUUUUGUCUCUCCUCACCUGAUAGAAAUGUUUUCCCAGAAGUCUUAGAUGUUUUGAUGAUGGUGAUAAAGCCAUACUUUGAACUUCUUUGCCGCUCAGGAUGUUUUUUGAAUUCCUUUUUUUUCCUCCAUCUGGAGAAGGCAGUACAGAGAACAAGACCUAUGUCUUGCAAAGAGACGAGUGCUUAGGGAUGAGUGUCAAGAGAUAAAUGCUUCUGGAUA